AUGGAAAACGCGCGGACGGGCGCCCGCUUCGACACCCUGGCGGUGCACGCCGGGGACCAGCAUGAUCCUGGCCAUGGGGCCGUGAUCCCGCCGAUCACCACUGCUACGAGCUUCGUGCAGCCCAACCUGGGUCAGGAGGGGAAGUUUGCGUACUCUCGCUGCGGCAAUCCGACAAGGAGUGCCUAUGAGUCUGCGCUUGCGGACCUGGAGGCCGGUACCUGGGCCACAGCCACGGCUUCAGGCAUGGCUGCCACAGCCCUGGCUUUAGAGCUCCUGGAGCCUGGAGCUCACGUUCUCGUCAUGAGGGGCGUCUACGGCGGCACCUUUCGCCUGUUCGAAACCGUGCGAAGCCGGACGAUGAAUUUGCAGUUUACGUAUCUGGAUCUCAAUGACCUGGAGGACGUGCGGCAGCAGAUGCGCAAAGAAACUGGCAUGAUCUGGAUAGAGAGCCCCACGAAUCCGCUGCUCCAGCUGGUGGAUAUCCCGAAGCUGGUCGAAGCCGUGAAGGCCAAGGCCGCCAGAGACGGCGCCCCAGCUCCUCUGAUUUGCGCAGACAACACUUUUGCCACGGCCUGGAAUCAGCAGCCGCUGGAGCUGGGCGUGGACUUGGUGAUGCUCUCGGCCAGCAAGUACAUCGGCGGCCAUUCCGACAUGACCGGCGGUGCGCUGGUCACCAAAGACCCAGGCCUCGCUCAGAGGCUCGCUUCGUUGGCCAAAGCCGUCGGCGGCAUAGCCAGCCCCUUCGAGGCCUACCUGGCUCUGCGCGGGAUGAAGACCCUCGCAGUGAGGAUGGAGAGGCAAUGCCGCAAUGCCCAGCGCGUAGCGGAGUUUCUCGACGGCCAUCCCUGCGUUGCCGAGGUGCAUUAUCCUGGCCUUCCGCGGCACCCACAGCACGAGCUUUGCAAGAGGCAGAUGCGCUCCGGGGGCGCGGUUGUUACUGUCCGCUUCAAAGGUCGGCCAGGAGAAGAGGAUCUGGACAUGAUGCGAAGGUUCUUCAGCAAGAUCAAGUUCUGGAUUCUGGCCGAGUCCCUUGGAGGGGUAGAGAGCAUGAUCAAUCACAGCGCGACCAUGUCGCAUGGCUCCAUGACCAAGGAGCAGCGAGCUUCCGUCGGCAUCUACGACACGACGCUACGCCUGAGCGUCGGCGUGGAGGACUGCGACGACCUGAUCGAAGAUUUGGAUCACGCCCUGAAAGCCUAG